AUGCAAUUUAUUUCUACUGUCAAUUUUUCUGUUAUUGUUAAUGGUCAACCUACAACUCCUUUUUUCCCUUCUCGUGGGCUUCAACAAGAAAAUCCUUUAUUCCCUUAUUUAUUUCUCUUUAUAUCUCAAGUACUCUCUUAUUUGUUAUCAGAUGCACAUGUUAAGGGUUUUCUUCGAGGCAUUAGAAUUGCUCGAGCGGCUCCAUUCCUUCUUGAUGUUUUAUUUGCUGACUCUUGUUUGCUCGAGCAUCCAGGGAGGAAUAAGAACUCUCCUCUCAAUCUCAAGCGAGACAUUUUGAAUUUGUUUCGUAUGGAUGAACUACAUGCGUCUGAUAAGAAUUUGGGCUUGCCUAUGAUACUCAGUCGUUCUCGUCAACAAGCUUUACCAGGGAUUGAGGAUAAACAUGCGAAGAUACAAUUAUGGAAACGUCAGCUACUGUCUCAUCUAAGCAGUGUUGGCGUCUUCUCCAUUCUCCCUCUAGUUUAUGGGCUAAGGUCCUCAAGACUAAGUACUUUCCAACCUCCUCGUUCUGAGAUGCUCGUAGCAAAUGGAAGCAGUAUUGGAUUUAGGCUAGUCUUCUUGCUGGACGAGAGGUGUUGCGACGGGGAGUCUGAUGGGCAGUACAGUGUUCGCUCAGACUAUAGAUUUUUGAUGGCCUUUUCUUUGGAUAAUGGUUCCUCUGCUGUUGCUACUACACCUUGA